GUCAUUCGAUUGAGUUUCACGGGAUAUGGCGAGCAGUGGCGCGGACGAGGCCGCGAUCGUCGCGCAGCUCGCGCUGGCGGACGCGCGCGCCAACGUUGCGUUUGCCGCUUCGCUUCUAACGCACUGCAUCAAGCGGCGUCUUGACGAGCACAGCGACGAGCCGUGCGAGCUGCUGGACCUCGACGAUGCGAUUGCGCACCUCCAGCGGGCGUGGAGCACGUGCUUUCCCGAGGCGACGGCCGAGAGCAUUUGGAUCCAAGAGCACAUUGCCCGCGCGCGCGCCUACAUUCGGCGGUCGCACGCCGGCGCCUUUGACCGCGACGCGUACGACCACGCGAUCGAGUCGUUCGGGCACAUGGCGCGCUUCCUCGACGCGCCGUACAUUGCGCUCGCGCUACGAGACCGCGUGUUCGCCAAGCCUUUUGUGUACAAGGCAAUCACAAAGAACAGCAAGAAGAAGAGCAAGGUCAGCUGGCAACAGUGCAAGGACGACGGCAACGGCUGCUACACGCGCCGCGAGUUUGACGCUGCGAUGGCCCACUACACGACUGCGCUCUGGUACUCGCCGAAAGAGCCGACGCUCUACUCGAACCGCGCGCUCUGCGAACUCCAGCUCAAGAAAUUCGACCUCGCGCGCCAAGACGCGAACGACGCCCUCGCGCUCUCGUCCAGUGGCAGCGUCAAGCUCUACCGGAUUCUCUCCGAAGCGCUCGUGGGCUUGCAUUGGUACCACGAUGCGCUGGUCGAGUGCGAGAAGGGACUCGCGCUUGACCCGAACGACAGCGUGCUUCUGAGCCGCUCCAAGCACUGCGUCCACGUCUUAGAAGAGAUGGAGUGGCAGACGCAAGUGGCCAUCGCCGGCGUCCAAUCGGCGCAGCUCGAACUCGGGCGCAAGUUUGCGUCCGGCCACCGCGGCUACCGUCGGGACGCGGCGAAGGCGACGCUGUGGCUGGAAAAGGCCGGGCGACCGGCUCACGAGAUCCGCGCGAUGCUGGCGUUUGGCGACAAGAUGCUCGCGUACGAGGCCGAGCAUGGCGGCGACCAUGAGCUCUCGCUCGAAGCACGCACGCACCGCUUCUGCCACGUUUUGCUCGACAGCUUCAAGCCAUCGGACGACGGUACCCAGGCCCAUUGGUCCGUCGUCGCGUCGCAUUUCAAGGCCGCGUACGACCGCGGUCUUCCGGGCGCCGGCGCCAAGUACGCGCAGGUUCUGCGGCUUGGGAUUGGAACGCCCAUCAACACGGCCGCCGCCGCGGAUGCCGUCUUGCACAACGAGCCAUUUGACGACGACGAGCCCGAAGACGCCGCCGACGAGGGGACGCCGGGUGCGGCUUGUGCUUUAGACGGCGAUGCGGACGGGGACGACGAAGAGAACGAGUUCAUGGACGUGGCUGAAACCUACUUUCGCAGUGCGUGGGACGCACUGGACGCACGCGACGUGGCCGCAGCGAUCGCGGACCUGCGCGAAGUGCUCGACAUGGACGACGAGCCGUCCGUGUUUGUCGACUUUGCCCGGAUCGUGCUCGCGUGGCUCGAGCGCGGCACAAGCGUCGUACCGCUGAGUGGGCCGUGGCACCACCUCCUCGACGCCGAGCUCGCGCAUCUUCGGCGCGAAGGCGACGACAUGUACACGCACCAGCUGUACGCCAAAGCGAUCGAGUUUUACAGCCGCGCGCUCGACUGGACCGAGCUCCGCAACGAUGUGCUCCGCAUUGCGCCCAUAAAUGCCGUCGAGCGCGGUCUCUUGUACUGGAAGCGUGCGCUCGCCGGCUUCCACCUUGGUCUCUACGGCGACGUGUGUGCCGAUAUGGAGGACGCGGUCGAGUUAACGAGCAACAACAUUGCGUUCUACCGGCUCUGGGCCAAAGCCGCGCUCCUCGACCACGACUACGACGCGGUCAUGGACAUUUGCGACGACGGACUGCAGCUGGAUCCGCACGACAAGGACCUUCUCUCGCUUCAGGACGACGCCGAGGCCUUCUUGUGAGCACACGCACGAGACAAAUGUCAUAAGAACGCCAUAAGAAAAUACUAGAGACGAUUUGAUGC